GCCAAUGACAGGGCCAGGCUUGUCCUGGGGCCAGGAUUGGACAAAAGCAACACCUGCCGCUGGUUGAGAAACAAUCCAGCUCAGGAAGCGGAGGCAAGAAUUGGCAAACAGGGUGGAAGUCCCCUGAAGGGGCAGAGUCAUGGAGCUGUCCAGAGCCCCUCCACAUGGCUGGGGCAGCCCCUGGAAGAGGUUCCUGCUCAUAGAUGGGCCUGGAUCAGUGGUGACAUCAUCAUAUCCAGAACCAUAUGAGGGCACCGUUGUGAGUGACCUCAACUACUCCGUGGUCCUACAUUGUUCGGCUAUGGCAAACCCCAGUCCCCUGAUCACCUGGUCCCUUAACGGCAACGUGUGUGGGACCCAAGACACGUACGUUAUCCGGAGACUGGCCAAGAAGGACCUAGGCAACUACACAUGCACAGCUCAGAACAGCGUGGGUCUGAGGACCUCCAACCCCGUCCACGUGCAGCUGCCUGAGCCCCCUUCAGAGGACACUGACACAGAGCCCAGCGAACCGGAUUCCAUCUAUGCCCUCUCUGGAGCUCCUGCCAUCGUCCUGACCAUUGCAGGAACAUCAGGGAUAGUCAUCUUCAUCGGGGUCAUAAUGUCCUCUGUGAUCAACAGGAAGGCAUUGAUGAAAGGAAGGAACAGUAAAUGUGGGUGUUUCUGAGCCUGGAAGACCUAUCCCUUCAGUCCAGGAGUCUGGACCAAGUGAGCGCAGAGGGGCAAGGAAGGAACAUGAUGGCCAGCCUCAGGCCCCCUCAAUGAAAAGCAACGAACCAGCCAGUGUGGCGUCAUAGGAAAAACCCUGACUCUGGGGUCAGAAGACCUGGGUUCAAGUUCUGCUCUCCUACCUAGCUAUGUGACCUUGGGCAAGUCAUUCUAUUUCUCUGAGCCUCAGUUUCCUCAUCUGUAAAAUAAGAGGAUUAUACUCAAUGAUUCCUAGGUUCAAGUUCCUACUCUCUAACCUAGUUAUGUGACUUUGGACAAGUCAUUAUCUGAACCUUGGGGUCCUCAUUUGUAAAAUGAGAGGAUUAUACUCAAUGAUUCCAAGGGACCCUGUAGAUGCAGCCUGCUUUAUAGCACUUCUUAAAUUGUGAAUGAGGACCCCAUAGAGGGUCACAUAUAUUAGGGGACAUGAAAAAUUUGGCAACAAUAAAAGGUUUCUGAACAAGCAAUGAUCAAAAAUUAAUUCAAAAUCAAACGCAUAAUGAAUCGGAGGUGUUUCUGGCAGCACUUGCCGCAUGUUGCAUAGUGCGACUUUACUGCAGCCUUGGUUCUGAACACAACACUGAUGGUUAUAAAAUCAAAAUAUCGAUCAACUCUGAAAAACUUGUUCUAUAUAGUUCUUGGUUGUCAGGAACCAUAUUGUUCUAUAUAGUUGUCAGGAACUAUAUUCUAUAUAGUUGCUCUGAUCCUGCAGUAUCAAAUAUUCCACCAAGAUUUAGCUCUUUAUGUAGAAAUAAACGAGCACAUCUAUCUCACGAGUAUGCAAAUUUGCUUUUGUCUUUAAUAAAUGGUAAAAUUAAAUGAA